AUGGUCCCUGAGACUGGGGUGUUGGAUCCUGAUCUCCAGAAUGCGCGGAGUUCUGACCGGUUUCAUAGAUAUGCCAGGACCGUUGUCGUCGGAGAACAGGUCCUCGCUUUUGUCAACACCCGAAUCAUGACCUUCCUCAGGGAAAGCAGUGCUCUGAUCCGGGAACUCCAGUCUGCUGCGGAUAUAGACCCUAGCCAGGAUCUCCACACCGGGAGCACCGAGAGGGUUUCCGGAGAAGCUGACUCUCUUGAGCAUGUAGCACUCCUCAAAGGAGUUCAGGAAAUACUUCCACGCCGCCCUUUGCCCAGCAGUACUGACCUCGAUGCAGUUCUGAGACAGAUCAAGAUCAUUCAGAUCACCGGUGCUGAGCCUUAUUGCCAUACCCAGCUUGGGCAAUGA